CCUAUUCAAAACCGACGCCUCAAUAAAUCAGAAGCUCCAGCACAAAAUUACAAUACACAACUCAGAAGUCGGAGCUAGAUAGAAAGUGUCAUUUUUCACACAAGCCAUUCUCAACUGUCAACCAUUCACACCAGUCUUGUCUAUCGUAAAUAGUUGGCCAAGUCAAAAAGGUGGAAAGAAAGGGAAGAUGGCCACCCAUGUAUUUAAUACCUACAACCCACCCUCGACUCCUCUCUCGCCACCCAACCAUUCUUCCGUACAAUCCAGCGUCACCCAUUCACACCUCUCUUUCUCUCUCUACAAUUCCAUCCCCAGUUGGAUCCGUUGACCCUCUGGCUCUUAUAUGCCCGUCCCUCACCAUGGUGUGAUCCCCAAACCCACACUGGCCUGAACCGGUGGUCAUGGACAGAGAUCUUGAGCCAGUACUGCCCGUACUCUUUCUCUCUCUUCUCACGCUCCCCUUUCUCUCUCCUCUCUCACUAGCAUCAGCCCAAACUGAAGCCCAAGCCCUUCUAGCCUGGAAAUCGAGCCUAGUCGAUCCGCCACUCUCCUCAUGGAACAUUGGUGGAAACCCCUGCAACUUCACUGGAAUCCAGUGUAACAGAGCUGGACGUGUAUCGGUCAUUGACCUCCAAGGCCUCGAUCUCAAUGGAAACAUUGAAAACCUGAACUUCUCAGCUCUUCCUGCCCUUACCACUCUCAAUCUCAACCGAAACAGCCUUGUGGGUUCUAUCCCCUCAAGCAUUGGCACCCUCUCAUCUCUCUUUCUCUUGGACCUUGCUCAUAACAACUUCACAGGCUCAAUUCCCUCUUCUAUAGGAAACCUCACCGAGAUUCUCUCUCUAAACCUUUCAGAUAAUUCGCUCAAUGGGCCCAUCCCUUACCAGAUGGGAAACCUUCAAAAGGUACGCCACCUUGACCUCGGCUCGAACUACUUGGAAAAUCCAGACUCCCCUCGUUUCCUCUCUCUCCUCUCUCUAAGCAAUCUCUCUCUCUACCUGAACUCUCUCGGUCCCAGUGUACCAGAAUUCAUUUUCAGAUGCUCGAAUCUCACCUAUCUUGAUCUCUCACAAAACAAUAUCAGUGGAGAAAUUCCAGUUCAGUUAGCUUCUGCCGUGAAAAAACUUGAAUACCUAAACUUGACAGUCAAUUUCUUUGAGGGUCAGAUUCCUAAAGAGCUCACAAAUUUACGCCAGCUAAAAGACCUUCGGUUGGCUAAGAACAUGCUAGAAGGGCCAAUACCAGAAGAGCUUGGUUCGAUGUCCAACCUUCGCAUUCUCGAGUUAUAUGAGAACCCAUUAGGUGGACCGAUCCCUGGAUCAUUUGGUCAGCUCCGAAUGGUCGAAAGGCUCGAUCUCCGAAAUGCUCUGUUGAAUUCCAGUAUACCUCAAGAGCUCGGCUAUUGUACUAAUCUAUCAUAUCUUGCCCUGGCCAAUAAUAAUAUAACUGGGACCAUACCAGCUUCCUUCUCUUCUCUCACUAAAAUGAGAGAAUUUGGUCUUUCUGGCACCCAAAUCACAGGAGAAAUCUCUCCCGAGCUCUUGGUCAAUUGGACAGAACUCAUGUCUCUACAACUUCAGGAGAAUGAACUCAUCGGAACAAUCCCACAUGAAAUUGGUAGGCUCUCUAAGCUCACAGUACUUUAUUUGUUUGCUAAUAGCUUCCAUGGAAGUAUUCCUUCCGAGAUAGGAGACCUACGGAACUUAACCGAAUUAGACCUCUCUGCAAACCAGCUAACUGGUCCGGUUCCUUCAUCUAUAGGCAACUUAGCCCAGCUCACCCGCCUCAGUCUUUUUGGGAACAAACUCAGUGGAAAUCUCCCUCUAGAGAUUGGAAACCUAACAUCUAUUGUAAUAAUUGACCUCAGUGAAAACAACUUUGAAGGCCCAUUUCCCAAAACAAUCUCUAGCCUCGAAUAUGUUGAACUGUUAUAUGCCUAUACCAACAAGUUCUCAGGCGAACUUCCCGCUAAUUUGGGCCAGCAUAGUCCCCUCACAAAUGUCAGCUUGUCAAAUAAUACGUUUUCCGGAACCUUGCCUGCCGGAAUCUGUGAUGGGGGCAAACUGGUUUACUUUACAGUGGACUCCAACAACGUCACUGGACCCUUGCCUCAAAGCCUAAAGAAUUGCUCAACUCUCGUUAGAGUUCGGUUAGAAAGGAACCAGCUCUCAGGAAACUUAGACGAAGCUCUUGGUGUGUACCCAGAAUUGGUAUACAUGGACCUCAGCGAUAACCAAUUUUCCGGAAAGAUUUCGCCAGAUUGGAGGAAGUGUGAGAAAUUAACCUACUUACACAUGGCCAGAAAUCGAAUUUCGGGGGAGAUCCCAACUGAAAUCGGGCAGCUUACCGAGCUGGCGGACCUGAGCUUAUCUUCCAAUAUUUUGACAGGGGAGAUCCCCAAAGAGCUAAUGGAGAUGAUUCGUCUGUUCAAGCUUAACUUGAGCGAUAACAGACUUUCAGGGCAGAUCCCCAUGGAAAUUGGCCAGCUCACCAAUCUAACAAACCUUGACCUGUCAAAAAAUAACCUGACAGGUCCAAUCCCAGAAGAGAUUGGAAAGUGCUCCAAACUGUUAUCAUUGGAUCUAAGUGACAAUAGUUUGAAUGGAACCAUACCUUACCAAAUCGGAAACCUUGUUUCAUUACAGUCUCUUUUGGACCUCAGCCAAAACUCAUUUUCAGGCCGCAUAUCGCCUGAUUUUGGCAAGCUAACUGCACUGGAGAUGCUGAACCUCUCUCGCAACAAUUUAUCAGGCGGUAUCCCCUCAUCAUUUUCAAACAUGUUUAGCUUAUCAACAGCGGAUAUCUCUUACAACCAACUAGAAGGCCCCUUGCCUGAUAUCUCAGCCUUUAAGAAUGCCUCGGCUGCUUAUUUGACCGGAAACUUGGGGUUAUGUGGCCAAGAGAAUGGUCUCCACCCUUGCGAGUCAUCGAGCCCCACUUUACAGAGAAAUAAUCACAGGAAACUUGCCAUUACAAUUGCAGUUCCCAUUGCAGCUACACUCGCACUUGCAUUGCUCAUCAUUGGGAUCUUUUGCCUUUGUCGAAAAACGCAAGAGAAGUCAAAUUUUGCUGGUGAAACAAAUGUUGGAAGUGAGAUCUCAAUAUGGAGCAGCGAAGGGAAAAUGACAUACAAUGACAUUGUAAAGGCGACUGAUAAUUUUGAUGAGAGGUAUUGUAUAGGGAAAGGUGGUCAUGGGAGCGUGUACAGGGCAAUGCUCCUUGGGGGCCAAAUUGUUGCGGUGAAAAGGAUGCACACUCCGGAAAAUGGUGACCUGACUAGCCAGAAAAGCUUUGAGAAUGAGAUAAAGGCACUCACAGAGGUGAGGCAUAGGAACAUUGUGAAGCUUUACGGGUUUUGCAGGCAGCAUGGUUACAUGUAUUUGGUGUAUGGAUAUAUGGAGCGCGGGAGUGUGGCUAGAGUGCUCCAAGAAGAGGAUGAGGCAAGAGAGUUAGGCUGGGGGAAGAGGCUACAUGUGGUGGGUGGAAUUGCACAUGCUCUGGCUUACCUACACCAUGACUGUGUGCCACCAAUUGUGCACCGAGAUGUGUCCAGUAACAAUGUGUUGUUGGAUACAGAGUAUGAGGCUUGCAUUGCUGAUUUUGGCACUGCCAAGUUGCUGAAUCCUGAUUCAUCAAAUUGGACCACAGCUGCAGGGGCAUAUGGCUACAUGGCACCCGAGCUUGCAUACACAAUGAAGGUGACAGAGAAAUGUGAUGUCUAUAGCUUCGGCGUCGUGGCCCUCGAAAUCUUGACAGGAAGGCACCCUGGAGAGCUGCUCACUAACCUAUCACAAGGGCAAGAAGCAAUCCUUAAGGAUGCAUUAGACCCACGACUCAGCCCUCCAACUGGUCAGCUAGCUGAGGAAAUAGUCUGUACAGUAAUGUUAGCUAUGUCAUGCACUCGAGCCAAUCCAGAUUCCCGCCCUACUAUGAGGUACAUAUCACAAGAGCUAUCAGCUCGUAGCCAAACCUUCCUUUCAGAGCCCUUGGGUGCCAUCAGGAUGAGUAAGUAUUUCCUGUGCUGCAUAAAGCAGCAUGUAUAUAUCCGUAAAUCACAAGGAGUAUACCUAUUGUUUAUUGAAGAAUCUGACUGCCCAGAAUUUUGUUAUCUCUCUCAUGGAUCUUGGAAGCAACAAUUUCACAGGUCCAAUCCUCCAUCCAUCGGAAACCUCACAGAGCUUCUGUCUCUAAGUCUCUCAAGCAACAGCCUCGAUGGAAGCAUACCUUACCAGCUUGGAAACCUCCAGAAGAUACAACACCUUGACCUUGGCUCGAAUUUCUUGAGGAACCCAGACUCAUCUCAGUUCCCCUCCUCCAUACCUUCUCUAACCAACCUCUCUCUCAAUUACAACAAACUUGGUCCAGACCUGCCAGAAUUCAUCUUCCAAUGCCAAAAUCUGACCUACCUAGACUUGUCCAAUAACGAAUUUACUGGAGAUAUACCUGUCAGGUUUGAUUCUGACCCGGAAAAUCUUAUGUACCUGAAUCUAACGUCCAAUAAUUUUUCAGGUCAGAUUCCAAAGGAGCUAACGAGCUUGACUGAGCUCAGGGAUCACCUGAUGGGGAAAAACCAGCUAGUGGGUCCAAUCCCGGAAGAGCUCGGUUCAAUCUCCACUGUUCAAGUACUCGAAAUAUAUGAGAAUCCAUUAGGUGGACCGGUUCCGAGUUCUUUCGGUCAACUCCAUAUGCUUGAGAGGCUGGAUAUCCAUGGCUCAGGAUUGAAUUCAAGUAUUCCUCCAGAACUUGGCCUCUGCACUAAUCUGCAUUUUCUUGCCCUGGCAGUAAAUAGCAUCACUGGAAACUUAGCCAGUUCUCUUGCUUCCCUUACUAGAAUCCAAGAACUCGGACUUUCAAGCAACUUUAUCACUGGAGAAAUCAUGCCAGAGCUUUUGGCCAAUUGGACACAGGUCAUCUCUCUACAACUCCAGGAUAAUAGUCUCACAGGGGAAAUCCCAACAGAAAUCGGGUUGCUUACCAAGCUCCAAAUCCUUUACCUGUUCAAGAAUAAACUUAGUGGAAGCAUUCCCACUGAAAUAGGAAAUCUAAGAAAUUUAAUAGAACUAGACCUCUCAGUGAACCAGCUCAGUGGUUCCAUUCCUUCUUCAAUUGGCAACCUGAAGCAGCUUAAAAUUCUGAACCUUUUCGUCAAUAAAGUCACUGAAAAUCUCACACCGGCAAUUGGAGAUCUGACAUCCAUAACGGCCAUUGAUAACAAUUCUAACAACUUCCAAGGCUCAUUACCGAAAACUAUUUCUCAGCUCCCAAGUCUUCAACUGUUCUAUGCCUAUACGAACAACUUUUCUGGCCAAAGUCCAGCAGAGUUUGGCCGGAAUAGUCCCUUGACAAAUGUCAGCUUCACAAAUAACAACUUUUCCGGAGCCUUGCCUUCAGGAAUCUGCGACAGUAGGAGCCUCAUUUAUUUAACAGCGAAUAACAACAGCUUCACAGGGACCAUACCAGAAAGCCUAAGGAACUGCUUAACAUUAAUUAGAGUUCGUUUAGAAAUGAACCAAAUUUCAGGUGAUUUAUUGCAAUCCUUUGGAGUGUACCCUGAAUUGAACUACAUGGAUUUGAGUAAGAACCAACUUACUGGUGAGAUCUCCACAAAUUGAAGCAAAUGCCAGAAGUUAACCUUCUUACACAUGACAGGAAAUCAAAUUUCCGGUGAGAUCCCACCUGAAUUCGGCAGAUUGUCAAUGCUUCAAGAUUUCAGCUUAUCUUCCAAUGUUUUGACAGGGGAGAUCCCCAAAGAGCUAAUGGAGAUGGCCCAUAUGUUCAAGCUUAACUUGAGCAAUAACAAACUUUCUGGUGAUA